UUCCACUACCAUCAUAGAUUAUAGACUACCAUACCUAUAAACAAACAUCAUAUUAACAAACAUUCAAUUUUAUUCUUUUAAAUUAAGUGAAUUAAAUGAUUAUGCUAAAGUUUUCAUAGAUUUGUCACAUUUUAGAAUAUCAUACAAAAAUAUUAAACUAAGUCGCAAUGGUGGCUAACGCACCGGAAACUCCUGUACAAGCGGAGAUAGUGUUUGUGAUUGAGGCGACCGCUGUUAACGGUGCCUUCAUAAACGAACUAAAAGUAAAUUAUCUUAUACCCACAUUAGAAUAUUUCCAUGGCGGUGCUCUCGAAGAAGGCAGUGGUACUGGCUCUGUAUAUGCAAUAGUUACAUACAAGGCUGCAGACUGCCACCCUGGAGUACCAGUAUCAGUUUAUGGACCCUUCAACAAUCCUCAGAAUGUAGUUGAAGCUGUUGAUAAAAUACAAUUCAUUGGGGGACAUGCGGAGAGCAGAGCUUGUAUCACUGAAGCCCUAACAACAGCCUUGACAUGUUUCGAUGAGUUUGGUCGUAUUGAUGCACCGAUGUAUGCUGUCUUAAUGUGCUGCUCCCCACCUUACUCUGCCUACGCCGGAGGAAUAGUUCCACCAGGAGUACCUGCCACUAUAGAACAAGCGGCCAGGAUGCUGAGCGAACGAGGAGUUCAGCUAUCGAUAACGAGCGCCCGGCGCAUCGCUGCUCUGAACUCCUUGUACGAGAACGCCGGCGGGGAACUAUUGCAAGCGCAACAGAGGAAUUAUGCCAAGGAUCCAAAACAUCAAGUGUUGCUUCGUGGGUACAGCCUGAAGGAACGCCCCCCAAGCCCCGCGCCUCCCCCCGUACCUGACAUACAGACUGACGUUUAUGGACAAGGGCGCGGCGCGACCGCGGUCCCGCGCGGGGGCACGACGCCCCCGUUUCCGCGGAGCGGGCAGGGGAUCCCGCGGCUAGGCUGGAUGCCGGCCCGCCCGCAUGCGCUGUACUGCAACAACUCUGCGCUCCUGACGCAGCUGGCCCAGCCCUCCUAUCCGCCGCCUCCACCCGCACACGCCACACAGCAGUGUGCACCUCACCAGAGGAUGCCGGGCAUGAUGGCGGCGACUCCUUCGACCAGCAACACGCAGCAACCCCAGCUGCAGAGGAGCUACAUCUGGAGCGGCGUCAUCGAGCUCAUGGAGAAGGGUAAGGCGCCGGGAGAUCAGCAGAAGACAACCAAACUUCUACCUUGUCAAGUAUCGACAACUUCAAAAGACAUAGAACCCGAAUUGAAAGCGGACACGUGGCCGAGUAAGCUCUUAAUGCAGUUGAUGCCGAAGCAAUUGAUCAGCAACAUCGGAGGACAGUAUCUCAAGGACAGCAAGUCAGUACUGUUCCACCUUCAGCCGAGCGAAGCCCUCGACCAUUUAACCAACGUUAUGGUCAACGGGUAUGCUGGCUGCGUACACUUCAAUCCAAUAUCGUCGCCGCCUCAAUGUGACAUAAAAGUGCUAAUGUUAUUGUACACGCCCGACAAAAAGGCUUAUUUGGGAUUCAUUCCUAAUAACCAAGUCGCGUUCGUCGACAGACUUAGAAGUGUCAUCCAACAGCAGAAGAUAACGCAGCAGAUAAUCAACAAGCAGCAUCCGGCGACGGUCAGCGCGGCCGCCGGACCGCCGCCCAGCAUGCCAGUUGCAGGUCAGAUGUCGACUGCGGGCAUGUCCUCGUCCGGGAUGGGAGCGAUGGGCAGCGUGCCGGCGCUGGGCCCCGCCAACAGCACCAUAGUGUCGCAGCAGAUGCAACAACACGCACAGGGUAUGAUGAUGGGCGGCGGGAUGUCGGGCGGCGUUGUCGGCGGCAAGGGCCCGCGCUCCGUGACGCAGCUGGACGGGCUGGAGGCGGCCCGCCAACAGAACCUGGAGAAGAUACAGCAGCUCCAGGAGACCUUGCAGGCCGCGCACCAGCAGGAGGCCCAGUUCAAGUCGCAGAUGGACAUCAUGUCGCACCUGCACGCCGCCCAGCAACAAGAGCAGCACUAUAAACAGCUAGAAGAACAACAGCGCAAGCAUCAACUACAGCAGCAGUUGCAGCAACAGUUGCGCGCGGCCGGCGCUCACCCGACGCGCAUACUGCGGCCCAUGCUGCCCACCAACCCGGGCCUCAAGCAUCUGCUGCAGCAGCAACAGCAGCACCGUGGGCCGAGACCUCACGCGUGAGACGCCGCCGAAGCUGUAGCACGCACAAGUAACAUCCCGCACUAGAUAACUAUGGGCGAUUGUUCAGUGAAAAUAAUCUAUGAUGAUGUGACGUAGUGAUGUACAGACUCACAGUGAUCUAGUUCCGAAUUACAAUCACAGGAAAGGCAUUUCGUGUAUUUUGUAUUGCUCAAUAUACAUUAUAUUUAAUGUCGGAUAUGAAGUCAAUAUUCAUUAGUAAAGUCCUUGUGAAUUUGAGCAAACCCAACAUGUUUUCUUACAAUCGGAUCCAUCAUUCGUUGCAAUAAUCGAUUAAAUCGACUAUUGUUCAUCGAUUAUAUUCACUGAUCAGCAAUCGUUCAUCGCUUUCACAUUAAUAUUCAUUUUACUGUGUUCGUGAAAUCAUAUGAAAAAAUCCAGUAAAUUUAAUUGAUUGAUAAUAAUGAACCACAUUUUUAUCGUGAAUAAGUAAUCGAGUUGUUCCCUUAAAUUAUUUUUUACUAUCGCACUGCCGGUUUUUGGCUGAGUUAAUUUUUUACAACGGACCGGCUUUAGAAUGAGUUCCCCCCAACAGAAGGCAUAUGCUAUGUCCUUCUUCAAACGUUUGAAGACAGGUCCAACCAGUAGGCAGCGGUUCGCCACUGCCCCUGACUUCCCCCUUUUUUUCCUUACCUAAGCUGAUGGUCUAGAGCAGGGGUUCCCAAACGUAUUUUGUCUACUGCCCACUUUGAGGAUAAAUUAUUUUUUAACGCCCCCAUUUUUCACCUACUUAAAAUCACUAUAGCGAGAGCUCAGUUGGUGUACAAGAGCCCUCCUAAGUGAAAUUACACAACGCCCCCUUUUUUUUCUGGGACUCUUACCGCCCCCUUUAGGUCUGUAGCGCCCACAAGAGGGCGUUAUCGUCCACUUUGGGAAAGGCUGGCCUAGAGAGACCAUAUCAGCGUAACUUUAACUAGUAGGUGAGCUCACGGGGCUCAAACCUGGCGACGUUGCUAACACGACCCCAGCAAGAGCGGUGCUUCGCAGAAUCUACCGCCGGAUCGGAAACGCGACCCACGUUCCCGAUGUCCAACUGGGUUUAAAUAGAAUCUCGAAUUUAGAUAUACACCCGAGUCCAACGGUAUUACGAUUUAGCGACAUUACGAUAUCAAAUUAAGCGUGUAUUGUGUCCCAAUUCUUUGAUUUCACGAACGUAGUAGCGCAUGCGUCAUCAUAACUUUGGUUAUGUGGUAUUUGCUUGGUAUAAGUUUGUUUUAUACACUCUAGUAUACUUUGAGCAUGUUAUUAAAAGUAUCAAUGGUUUGAAUUUGGUUUGAAAUUGGUUUAAUAUUUCAACAUAACACGUCGUACGGUCGUAAAUAUCGAGGGAUGAAAGGCUUAAGCGACAUUUCGCUUAAUACGCGACUUUUAUCUGUUUAUAUUUGUCAUUAAAGGUUAGUUUUGUUUGAUAUCAGCAUCAACAGUUCGAUGUUUUUAAUUGAACUGUGCAAUUAAGUUUACGCCAUUCAAAUAGAUGAAUAAGUUUUUUUUUUGUUAUGAUAUUUUUUUCCAAAUUUUAAAGUUUAAAUGGCUCUCCUGUAAAGUUGCUUUAAUGUUGCUUAAACCAAAUAGUCUUUCAUCUCUCGAUAUGCAUGCUGUUUAGUAUCUAAGAAUAUAAUAUUUCUAUUGAAACAGUCUGCAGAAAUCAGAAUUGCAAAUUAAUAAUUAAAAAAAAAAAGCAAUUUUUACAAAUCAGCAAACUUCUGCAAUCUAUGUACAUAUGUGUUUGUAGGGAAGCAUGGCGAUCUUAAAGUGGCAAUUUUAUCAUUAAAAUAAAAAAUAAUUCGAUAUUCAUCACUUCGUAAAUUAAAACCAUUCAUGUAGGUACUUUAAAGAAUUCUUGUAUCGGUUAAAUAAAGACUAUUGUAUAAACAUAACCUAUUCUUCUCUACCUGUCAAAUUAAUUCAGAAUAGUGUAAAUAAUCAUUGAAAGUGUCCGUGUAUAUUUGUCGAUUAAAAUAACAUUUCAAUAUGUGAAAUGAAAAUACGUAAUAGUAACAUAAUUAUAGUUCUGGAUAAAUAAUAGUGAUGUUCCACUGACAGGGUUUGUUUGGUAACUAUUUUUAGCCGAUAUGAACAGGGAUGGGAAAUAUCAAAGACAAUACUGAUUUGUUUUUUUUUAAUUAUCCUCUUCCAGCAACACGCGAAUUGGGACUUAAAAAAAAUAUAUAAUAAUUGAAAAUAAUUUCGUUAUUUCUGAAAUCUGUAUUGUCUGUGUGUACAUUGUGGCUUUUAGUAUCGGUGAAUUGUAAAGAUUGUUGAGCCUCCGUAACCACUCAGGUCACACGUGUUUUGUGUAUAGCAGCCGCAGUACCGACCCGGGACAGCUGUGGUGAGACCGACGACUCAACAAACCCAACAGUUCGACGAUGUCAACAAUUACAACGAUUUCCUACAAUAGUUUAAAAAAUAUGUGUAUUUAAUAAGCAAGUUUACUGGUGGUAGGACCUCUAGUGAGUCCGCGCGGGUGGGUACCAUCACCCGUCACUAUUUCUGCCGUGAAGCAGUAAUGCGUUUCGGUUUGAAAGGCGGGGCGGCCGUUGUAACUAUACUUAGAGACGACUGGAGACGUAAGAACUUAUAUCUCAAGAUGGGCGGCGCAUUUAUGUUGUGGAUGUCUAUGGGCUCCAGUAACCACUUAACACCAGGUGGCCUGUGAGCUCGUCCACCCAUCUAAGCAAUAAAAAAAAACAAAAAAUUGUAUGUAAAAAAAAAACUACCAUCGCAGCUUAAUCUUACGUUUACAGACUUUAUUGAAAAAAAAACCCUUGCCAACACUUCGAAUUACCACGGAAAUUAUUCAAGUAACUAUUUUUUUUAUUGCUUAGAUGGGUGGACGAGCUCACAGCCCACCUGGUGUUAAGUGGUUACUGGAACCCAUAGACAUCUACAACGUAAAUGCGCCACCCAUCUUGAUAUAUAAGUUGUAAGAUCUCAAUACUCGAAAUUCGUACUCAGUAUUCCAAACGAUGAGAAUAAUAAAAUUAAAAUACUAAAUGCGACAUUAAAUCGCGGUAGUGGAUUUAUGUCUCCAAUAGACCGAAGAAAAUGUUAGUAUUGUGUAAGUUUUUUUUUACAAUUAACUUCUUGAUAAUAUCAUUGUACCCACGGAAUAGAUAAAUAAGGUUUAUUAUUUACCUUAUUUAUCUAUUCCGUGAUUGUACCUACCGUAGUGAAACACGCGCAAGUUGGUUCAAUACUGAUUUAUUUUAAAGAUACCCUCACUUAGUUAGUUAUAUUGAAUGCAUGACUUACGCCAUUAUAAAUAUACUACACCUACUGUUUAAUGACUCCGUUUUUGAAUAAAAAAAUUGCAAAUUUGUGCGAAUGAAAUAUUAUGUGUGAACGUUUUUUUUUUGUAUACAUUUUUUAGAUUCCAAGAAAGAAGGUGAAAUAUAAUUUAAAAAAAAAUUAGUGUCAUCUAACUUGUUACUUUUGCAUAUUAUAAUUUAAUAUUAAUAAUAAUAAUAAUGAUUUAAAAACGGAAAUAAGUAUUGUAUUGUUGUAGUUGUUGAAUUGUUGGUCUUUUAUUAUAUUUUACAAGAGGACAAGUGAAAUAAAUUAUUUUUAAUAAAAUCGUAA